GCGAGAAUUGCACAUGGCGGUUUUCAAAAUGGCAUCCAGGAGUGAGGUUUUACAACUUUAUCGUCAAAUGUUGCGAAUCGGAAGGUCAUUUACCAGUUAUAACUACAGGUACUUGUGAAAUAGCGGCUUCUUAACGAAAAGGGUAGUUUUCCUUUACAAUCAUUGCAAUUUUCACGGAGUUGUCGGGCUUGAAAUCGCACACCAUCCCUAUUAUAUACGUGACUUACGCCGAUGUUUUACCAGGUUUUACGCAAAAGUUUGGUUAAAUGUCUCUGCAUAGUCAUUUUAUGGAGCUUACAAAACAUUCCAAACCCAUAAUAGAAAAUGGAUGUUACAGCAUCUAAAUUUAAUGCCCGUACUAUGUUACUGUGUACUAUGUGUAACUUUUACGGGUGUAUUACGUCAUCUUUCAAGGCUGGCUCACACUCGUAAGACGUAUGUACUUUUUGAACCAAUAACCUGUCGUGUGUACUAUUGAUACGAUAGCUCCCAUGAAUCAUACUAUUUCACACAAAUAGUUAAUAUGAAUUGAGUUGAAAUGGUGUCAAUUGACAAAAACCCGGCGUAUCUAAUCGAACCCACUCGAACACAUGGGUUCCGUAAUCGAACAUAAUCCAACUCACAAUAUAAUUUGGUCAAUCACACAAAAUCGAAUGUUCAAUGACCAAACGACCAAUGGUUGUACUCAAUCAAACGUGCGAUUACCGACCUACUUUUUGUUUGAUUUUUAUGUUUAAAUAUUAAUCACGGAUAAAAAACGGAGUAAUGAAAAAAAAUGCCUAAAUAUUACCCUAUUAUCAAACAAGUGUAUAUUUUGCAGAAAUUUUGUACGGUGAACCAUCCCCCUCAAUCCUUUGUUAGCGAUUUCUGUCAUGCUGGAAAUUGCCCUCCCCAUGUCCACGUCACUCUUGAAAGCUUGGAAAGAAUUAUGGCAACAGCAUUUUGGUUGCUCAUAAUCAUUAUUCACAUGUUGAACACCAUUGCUUGUGUUGCAGUUAAUGAAAUGGUGCAACUUCUGUUUGAGUAUUACCGCGACAUUCAGAGCAGAGGCCAUUUCCUACCCACUAAUAUAAAAAUAUAAACAAUAAUUAAUGCAUUUCAGUAUUUAACUGUUGUUUUGUUCUCUUUUACAUAUGUGCAAGUGAACAUUGACAUUUAGUUUGAUAUUUGGACAUUUUUCUAUAAGUUAAUCCCAUUCAAUAAAGGUUUAUUAUGAUUAAUCCUUCAUGAUUUGCUUAUCAAGAAAUGGAUUCCGAACAAAUUCAAAUCAGGUUCGAAUUGUUCUAUUGGUUCGAUAAUCGAACGCACAGCAUAAUAGAUGUUCAAUUAUCUUCGAUUACCGAACCCAGUCGAAUGAUUGGUGUUUGAUUGGGUUCGAUUGAAUUUUGGUUCGAUUUUGUUUGAGUAGAUACGCUGGACAAAAAAGAAGGAGCUAUCAAUUAAGGAGACAUUAAAAGAAGCAAACCACCUGAUUAAAGAUCCCAUCACAGUUUCUUUUUUCUCCCUCUCACUCUUUUUUUUUUUUUCGUCAAUCUUCUGCUCUCUUUCCUUGUUAUUUUGUCAGCAAAGUAACGACCAAACAUUGGCCAGCCACAUACAAUGUUGACUGAGGUGUCAUCCCAUAUGUCAGUCAGCAUCCCCUAUAAGACACAAGAUUUGAAAGUUUCAGUUACAUUGGCAUUACCCUAUACUAGGAGUUUAGUUGGUUUCAUUACAUAAAGUUACACAGAUCAGAAUUGAAUUUUUUAUCUUUGUAAAGUUAUUUACAUGUAUGAUCAGAUGCACAAACUAUUCUAUUUACAUGAAAAUCAAUAUAUUACAAGUACAGAUUACCUGCAAACAGUGAUGCUAAUCGAGGCAGGUAGUAUGGAGACGUACCACUUAAACUUAAAUUACAAUAUUAAUCAAAGAAUGUUAUAAAAUAAAACAUAUGGUAUUACAGAUCAAUUAAAAUUGCAUUGUGAUUAUUCUUUAAUCUUAAUUCAAUAUCUCAGAAUGUAUGCAACCAGAAGAAUAAGAGAUGCCUUUAGGGAAAACAGAGAUAUUUCAGAUCCAGAUGUGAUCAAGUCUUUAAUGAAAAAAGGACAAGACAGUUUAGAAAUGAUGAAAAGACAGGUACCACGCCAUUUUGUUGUUUUUGUCAUUUCCUUAGGAGGCAGCGUGGCCGAGGGGUUAGAGCAUUGGACUUGUAAUUUCGAGGCCUUGAGAUCAAGUCCCACCCUGACCCCUCACUGGAUUUGUUCCCAGUAGUCCUGGUUCAAAUCCUCAGUCACCCUUGUAAAACAGCCGGCUGGUUUGCCUCCGACCAGCUGGGAUUUUUAACCGUGUUACUUUCCAUUUAAAUUAUUUGUUUCAUUAUCCCUGAAAGGUCCAUAAAGAGAGAGAAUAAUUGCUGCAGGCCCAACAAUGCAGUGGAACCUUGAAAAGAAAGGAUAUUAGCAUUUUGAGGGAUGUAAUCCUUUUGUUUUUCUUCCCUCUCUGCAUCGUUUACCAUCUAACAAGGUGUGUUUGUCCCAUGUGACCAUUUAUCUACAAAGGGCCCAUUGGAGGGCUUAUACCCAAGUUGGAGGUGGGGUGCUGGCAGGGAAGGGAGGGGAGUCUUAUAAGUACCAAGUAAAUUAUGGAUUUUUGGAAUGAAUAUUUCCAAAGUAACUUUGAUUUCUGUAAUGGUUGGUAAAUUCUUGGAGUGUUGAGCAACUCAGAGAAACAUGAAGACCAACUAUAGGGUGCUUGUUACGUCCAUUCAAGUAAUUAUUAUUAUAUAAGCAUUUACAAUAUUAUUAACUGUAAUUUAUUUUAUUUACAGGUUUCUUUAGGUCAAAUGUACAGACAUACAAAGUUGGUUAUAGAAAAGGAGUAGUGAGAUAACAAAUAAAGACAGUGGUUAUAAAUUAUUUCUGGAUAUACAGUACUUCUGCAAAAGAGAAAGAGGAACUGCUUCACAUGGUCUGCACACACACACAUGUAUCUGCUGGAAGGAAAAUGAGAAGAGCGUGCUCAUUUUUUUGUAUAAUAUACACUGUAAUAACAGUUCAGGAUGGAAUUCAUGAGGAUGUUUGGAUUCGAAUUUUCAGUGUAAACUUGGAAUAAAAAUAUUUGGAAACAGGUCUAAAGGCUCAAGUUUAAACUUCUACUAAUUGUCCAUCAAAAAUUACUCUUCCUAACCAGUAACUGUUAUUGGAAUUUUGUUGGCGGAGUUUAGUACAAAACAAGAAAAGAACACCAUUGAUAGUGACAGUGUUGAUGGAUCAGGCAGCUGACUUGUUUAAUGCCUGUGUGACAGGAAGUAUAAACGUGACGGCAGUAAGAAGUCAAUAUCCUCACUUACAAUAAUUUACUUAGCAUCUUUUUUUUAAAAUGCUUUUGUUAACAAGAGGUUUAAACCCUUCCCUUUGUCACCAUUUUUGGAAUGUUUCCAGUGGCUUACACUUUAGUGGACAAGGCAUAAGUAGCUAUUCAUUUGUGCUUGGGGUCUUUUUUUGUUGUACAGUAUUUUUUGUGGUUCAGUUUUAUCCUCGGUUCAAAUGUUACUUUCAUUGUGCAUCAUCAUACCCAACUACAAAGUAAAAUAUAAUUUGAACCAGGUGAAAGUUUAACCACAACAUUUCAUUUUGUCACUGAAGUGGAUUGCAGGCAGGGUCCAUUAAUGGCAAAAAUUGUUCUGGAAAUACAGUAAAUACUAAAUGACAGUUUGAAGGUGACAACUCUUCAAAUUAUUGUUAGAAUAAAUAAUUCAUCAAUGUUAGUUGCAUCUCAAAUGGCGAUGAUCUUCUUUAGAUUUAUUUCUUUGUUCCGCACUUCCAAUGAAAUUUGUCCAUUCAUUAUUUCAUCCUCAUCUUUUCUGGGUCUAUUACAAACCAGUUUAAUGACCAACUUCCAGUUGGCUUGUUAGCUUAAUUUGUUAGAGCACUGCACCAGUAUCACAGAGGUCAGGGUUGGCGCUUUCUUUUGGCAACUGUGUAAAUGUGAUGAUCUUCUUUACCUGUUUCUCUCAUAUGCCAGUAUUCAUGAUUUCAUGUUCUCAAAAUUGUUUGAAACAAUGUUAAAAUGCGCCAAAAAUAACUUGGUUGAGUGGCAACCAUGGUACAAUCUUGACAUUUAUGCCUGCUUCACCACAGGUGGCCAAAGGUCAAAUGUUAGAAUUAUUGUUGCAUAACAUCAGUGAUAAUUACAAAUAUUGCUCUGCAAAUUUUAAUGCGAAAAUUGUGAUAAAAGCACAUUGGCAUUCCUUCCCUUAAUAUGUUUUAUUUUUUUGCACAUUCCUGAUAAUUCUGGCUGUUCCAGAGGAAUUUCAAUGGGAGAACACCCAAAUGGCAAAAAACACUGGAAUCCCUCUGAAGCGGCCAAAAAAAGCCAAGAAAGGACAACAAAUAAAACAUUCUAUGAUAUUU